GUUUUGCCUUUCCGUGGGUGAGGUGUCGCUUCCCUUCUACUCACAUAUGCCGGUACUUUUGCGGGUUUUUUUGCGGGCAGCGUUGGAGGAGUAGGCGGAGGCGGAGGAGGCGCUUCAGAUAAAUGUGAGCCUGCUGAAGGGAAGCUGACUCUGAGUGUACCGAGGUUCUCCUUCCGCCGUCCGUAUGUGCAGAGAGCAGUCUGAUAUCGCUGGGAGGAAAAUGUCGUGCGGGCUGUGGAAAGAGACCCUGGCUCUGGGAGAGGACUACCUGUCCCUGUGCUGCACAAGCCCCCGGCCAGCCCCUCCACCUCCCAGCGAGUCAGCCGCUGCCAUGAGGCGCCUGGCCCAGGACAUGGAGGCACAGCACCAGGCUCGCUUCCACUCCCUCGCCCAGACCUUCCUGAGGCAGUGCGGGCCAGACCCCUGCUCCAGCCUCAGGAAGGUGAUGGAGGAGCUGGUGGGAGAUGGACACUUGAACUGGGGGAGGGUUGUUUCCCUUUUCACCUUUACUGGGGUGCUGGCCAGACAGCUGCAGGAGCAGAAGGACAAGAAGCUGGGGCUGGAACCCGGGCAGGAACUAGGACAGGGGCCUGGAAACUGCAGGGGACUGGCAGAGACCAUAGCUGAUUACCUGGGAGAGGAGAAGAAAGAGUGGCUGCUGGAGAAUGACGGAUGGGAGGGGUUCUGUAAGUUCUCCCGCAGUGCCAGAGAGGUGAGUCAGGAAUCAUCCAUGAAGACGGCGCUGUUUGCUGCCGCUGGUGUAGGCCUCGCUGGACUCACCUUCCUCCUGGUGCGCUAGCUGGCCUUCGACGUCAUUGACACGUCUUGUUCCAUGUUCUCCUUUUCAUUUGGCACAAUUUAAGUAGACAUUUGAAUUCUAACAUCAAUGCUGCAAAAACAGGCGUAAUCUGUAGUGAAUUCAGGGUUAUAAUCUCAAGUCAUCAACUGAAUGUUUGCACAUACUCGUAACCCCCCCACACACAUUAAAACUGACAACUUGUCACUUGCUCCUUAAGAUUGUAAAAAAUGAUCUCAAUGCCUUCAGAAAUUUUGGAGUUGGUGACAUCAGUCUGCAUAUCCUAGACAGGUGAAUUACUGAAGCACAGGUUUCUGCAUACAGUCAUCCUUCUUUCAAAGUUUGUGUUUUCAGCUGUGCAGCUAAAAGUCUUUUCAAUUGUCACACAGCUUCUGGUUUUUAUUUGAAACUCGUCAGCUGCCUUUUUAUUCAUGUGUUUACCUGCGUUGUGUAUGUGGUAUAGAGCCAUUCAAGUGUACAAUGUAUAAAUUAAUAUAUUAUAUUUAUAUGAAAUGAAGCUGUAAGCAGUGGCCCUUUUUUUUUGUUCCCUUCUAACUGAACCACCGCUAAUUCAGUUGCUCAUUGUUUGAGACUGUCCUACAUCUUUCAUGUGAAGUGUCUGUGAUUUACAUGGGCCAGCAGAGCUGUAUGCAGGUCAGACGACCACACAACGGUGCUACGUGUUGUGAAAUGUUUCUCAUAUCGAUCUAACCAGGGACCAAUCUGACUUCAAACAUAUUGCUUGUAGAACAAAUCGUUGCUAUGGCAUUCCCCACUAUGAUCUCUUAAACAUUAUAUUUUUUACAUUGUUUUGUUCUAUUUAUUUGUCACUUUGGUUUUUUUUUUGUUUUUUUAAUAAAAAAAAA